GACAAACAGCUAAUGUCUACGAAUAGUCAAUUUCUUUUACUAAAUAUCCGAUUCUUCAUUCAACCUCUGUGUCGCGGUCUUUUGUCUCUUUGCCCUUUGUUUGCUUCUUCUUUCUUCAUUCAAUUCUCCCGUUUCCCUCUGGCCUUUUCGCUCUUAAGGUGGAGUAAUCUCUCUGACGCAGGGGCCUUCUGCAGGAUUAAUUGGAAGCCUCUCAUUCUUCUUGUCAUUUUCUCCUCCACUAAUUUCAGUUUCACUGUAAAAGACUCCUUUUUUUUUUUUUUCUUCUACUUAACCAUUUUUCGUUCUCUGAAAUUCGAUCUUCUAUUUCACCAUGAUGAACUGAGAAACAGAGGAUAAAGGGGGAAAGGGGCUUUAAUUUCCAACCGUGUGGGGCCAUCUCUCUCUUUUUUUUUUUUCCCUCUCUCUCUCAGAGACAGGGAGAGAGACAAACGGCGUUGAUGUGACUUAGGUUGCUUAGAGCUGCCGGAAGUGGGAAGGAAUGGUGAGGAAACAUGGAUGGCAGCUGCCGGCACACACCUUUCAGGUUGUUGCUAUAACUGUCUUCUGCUUAUUAGUGGUUGCAUUUUACACUUUCUUUGCUCCUUUCCUCGGUGGACGAAUUUGGGAGUAUGCUUUGAUUGGAGCUUAUUCACCUGUGGCACUCCUUGUUUUUGUUCUUUAUGUUCGCUGUACUGCAAUUAACCCUGCCGAUCCCGGUAUAAUGUCAAAGUUUGAUUCUGAUAUAUUGAGUAAUACCAGCCCGAAACAUGGAUUAUCUUCAAAAGGCCUUUCUGGAAGGUUUGAUGAACCUGGUACUGGUGCACAGUCUUCUCCAUCGUCAGUUUUACGAAGUCCCGUUUCCGCAUCCAACUCUGGUAAGAGGAGUCAACUAGAAGCCGAGAGAACAGAUGGUCAAGUGAUUUCGUCUAGAAGAAAGUCGUGUUGUUCUAAGAUUGGAGGAAUACUCUGUGUGCCGUUUGUACACCGGGAUUGUCGGAGAGAGGAUAGUGCGUCUCAGCAGGAAGGUGCGGCUGAAGACGCUUUGUUCUGCACGUUGUGCAAUGCUGAGGUAUGCAAGUUUAGUAAACAUUGUAGAAGUUGUGACAAAUGUGUGGAUGGAUUUGAUCACCAUUGCGGGUGGCUCAAUAAUUGUAUCGGACGAAAAAACUACGUUACCUUUAUAUCCUUUAUGGCCACCAGUCUUGUCUGGCUUGCUAUUGAAGCUGCAGUAGGGAUUGCUGUUUUCGUGCGGUGUUUUGUGAAUAAGAGGAAGAUUGAGGCUGAAAUAGUUGAUAGACUAGGGAAUGGUUUCUCUCGGGCCCCGUUUGCAUCUGUCGUGGCUUUUUGCACAGUGCUUUCGUUAUUGGCUUGCGUGCCGUUGGGCGAACUUUUCUUUUUCCACAUGAUACUGAUUAGAAAGGGUCUUACGACUUAUGAGUACGUUGUUGCGAUGAGGGCAAUGAGUGAUGCUGGAGCGGGAGAAUCUGUAGAUGAGGAACCGGGAGUCAUUCAAUACUCUCCAUCAGGGUCCGCUACAACUGGAAUCAGCGGGGGAAGUUCUCUAGGCUUGCAGUAUAAAGGAGCGUGGUGCACCCCUCCUCGGGUGUUUGUUGACUAUCAGGAAGAAGUUGCGCCUCAACUGGAACCAGGAAUGGUUCCAUCGACAGUUGAUCCGGAUGCUAUUGGCUCGGGGGAAAAGGGUAGCAAGGCACCUAAACGAGCUGUUAAAAUCCGUGCGUGGAAGCUGGCUAGAUUAGAUUCCGGUGAAGCUAUGAAAGCAGCAGCUAAAGCUCGAGAAUCUUCAUCUGUCCUACGUCCUAUCGAUAACCAUCACUCGGUGGAUCCUGAUUUGAGCACCAGCGAGAAUACGAGUGUGAGGAGCAGUAUGAGCGCAGAUACCAUUGGAAAUAAAGAAACGAGAAAUGAACUGCGAAUUUCUCCUUUGUGUGCCCCGAGUCAAGGCAGCAGGGACGAGUAUGAAACCGGGACUCAAAGUAUGAGUAGCUUUAGCAGUCCUAGCCACGUUCACGGGCCAGUCACCUUAAGCGCGAUUCCACCCACUCAAGGUUUGCCCCGACCUGAUGCAACGACUUCAGUACUUCGCCUUCUGUCAGAGCAGGCGAACGCUCCUGGAACUGCAUCGUCUAAUAGGAACUCCGUGUUAUCUUACACCUCUUCAGAAUUCGACGAAAAGAUCCUGCAGAAAAACAGCGCCACCGAUCCAUUACUGCUCUCUGCUGCCGCUCCAGCAACUUCUCUCCUCAGAGACAUCAAACGAACGUCUGUUGUGUGGGACCAAGAAGCCGGGAGGUACGUCUCGGUUCCGUUAUCAGCUGCAGAAGCUCGCAACAGACCGGCUCUGCGAGGAGGGAUCUCGAAUCUGAAUGCAGGAUCGUCCAGCAACGACAAGCGACCUACGCCUCUGCCUCGAGAACCCUCCAAGCCUGCAGCACAGCAUCCGGUUCAGCAGUCAGAGAAGCUAACAUACACAGGGGAGUCCAUCUUUUUUGGCGGUCCACUUUUUCGCGGUCCUGACAGAGGUUCUGGUUCGAGAAAUGGACAAGAGAGGCUACUGACAAACGUAGCUCGGGAAUCUAGAUUUAAGCGAGAUGCUGUGUUGCACCAGCUCCCCGUUUUUCUUCCUGGAGAUCAUCUAGAGCGGUGCAACCCCGUUUAUCUUCCUGGAGAUCAUCUAGAGCCAAAUGUUUCGUCGAGAUCAGGCCUCAGGUAAUUCUCGUAUUUGAUCAUCCAGGCAGCAAGCAUAAAGAAGCUAGAGAUCAUUAAUUUGCCACAGAGAGACCUGGUUCCUGGCUUCCAGGAGUUUCUUCUUCCAUUGAUUUGCUAACCUGUAACACGCUUGUAAAUCGUAGCUGAUGACAAGAUGAACGUUGAGAAUCUGAGAUCAUUCACUGAACCAUUUUUCUCUGUGAUUUGGCUUUAUUUAUCAGUAACAUAUCCACAUGUGCCAUA